GGUUGAGGUGUUUCAGACGGACGUUUUUAAGCGCUGCACUCAACACACUGUAUAGAGAAAACUAUACAGCAGCAGUCAUCUUAGUGGUGGCUUAGGCUUAGUUGUAUUAAAAAUAUACCUCGUGGAGCAAUAAACUAAUUCAUAUUGGGACUGAGGUGUAAAAUCCAAAGACAAACAUGCCUUGUCCGAAGCUGUGGCUUCAGCCCAGGACUCUAAUUUGCACUGCUCUCUGGAGGAGGGUCCAUAAGCUGGCCUCGCUUCAGAAGGCCUCAACACUUCCUCCAAAGAAAGUCCAAAGCUUACUUUACCCUUUCAGUGAUCUGGAGCCUUACCUGGACAGGUCUGUGGACAGAGCACAGUUCCAGUUCUUUCAUCCCACUGUGGAGGACAUGCUUACAGCAGAAAAACUCUUCUACUCUUCACCGUCUCAUAAAAUUGAUUACUGCAUCUCUGCAGAGAGGAUGGACCAUGUACCUGCACUAAAACAGCCAGAGGUUUGUUUUAUCGGUAGAAGCAACGUUGGCAAGUCAUCCCUCAUCAAAAGUCUGUUCUCGCUGACUCCUGAAGUAGAAGUCAGAGUCUCCAAAACCCCAGGUCACACAAAAAAGAUGAACUUCUUCCGAGUAGGAAAAUCUUUUACCAUUGUAGACAUGCCAGGCUAUGGACACAAAGCUCCCAAAGACUUUGUGGAUAUGGUGGAGCCAUAUCUCUACACAAGGAAAAACCUUGUGAGGACGUUUCUGCUAGUCGAUGGCAGCGUUGGACUUCAGAAGGCUGACCUGGUUGCUUUCGAGAUGUGCGAGGAAAUGAGACGCCCAUAUGUGGUGGUGCUGACUAAGAUUGACAAAUGUCGACCGGGAACCCUGAUGGCCCACUUACUUCACCUUCAGGAUGUGGUGAAAACACAGGCCACCAGCUGCUUCCCUCAGCCAUUUCUGGUCAGCUCCCUCCAGUUUGGGGGCAUCUACCUUCUGAGAUGUUUAAUUGCCCACUUAACUGGAAGCAUCAGGUUAUUGGACACCGCACAAAGCUGAUGAGAAGCCAGCUUCGCCUCACCCGGUGGGAUACAUUGUGGAUACAGGCAGAUUGACAGAAGACUCUAGGAUGCAUACAGGAAGCGUGACUGUGAAUGACUGUUUGUGUCCUGUGCAGAGACCAUAGCUGCCCAGCUUCAGCACAUCUGUAACCCUCCCCAUGGCAGCUGAAUAAUAGAUGAAUGAUUGUUGUUUCUGCCACCAAACCGUCACCUUGGUGGCCUGGGCUUCAAAGAUUCUGUCUAAAGGCAAAGAUCUUAAUGCUCAGAGAAAUGAACUCACUCAAAGUUUGGGGGAAAGGAGUAAAAUAUGUAUAAUGAACGCCAUCAAUCAGGAUGAGGACACAAACGUUGGUACAUGUAAGUGUGAAUAGUGAACAAUAAAAUAAAUGAAAGAAGACCAUACCUGCCAUCAUGCACUCUGUGGGUCCAUCCAGUUCAUUCUGUAACAACAUAAAUGUUCGUACCAAUUUGAAGAAUAAUAAGUUCAUGACUAUAAACAUCAAGGGGCUUUAAAGAGUUUUCUUUUAAGUGGUGUUUCAAAUUUACCGAACUGGAAAACGUAAGGUUUAUCUUAAUGGCUUCUACUUUUAUUGUUUUAUUGUGCUGCAUAAUCACUUACUUACAUGAUAACAUUUUUAAUGUCCCCCUGAGCAGGAGAAUCGGAACUGGUCAAUAUGGAAGCACGUACUGUACUGUAAAAAGAAAAGUCAAUAAAAAGAUAAUUUUAAAGAGUUA